AUGGGGUGGCGAAGGGUUUGGUUCUGUGUCCUUGCAUUGUCUGUUGCCAGUGUCAUCGAUGUUCAAGCCAGACUGGUACGCAACCAUGUCAGCAGCAUCUGCAGCACGUGGGGCAGAGAGCACUUCAAAACGUUUGACGGUGAUGUUUACCAGUUCCCUGGUAUGUGUGAGUACAACCUGGUCUCCGACUGCCACGAGUCCUACCAAGAGUUCUCUGUGCACCUGAAGAGAAAAGACAAUGAUGGAAACCCUACAGUCAGCCAUGUGGCGGUCACCAUCAAUGAACUCCUCUUCUACCUCACCAAAGACAUGGUCAUUGUGAAUGACAACCCUGUCAAACUGCCAUACUACAGUGCAGGGGUACAAGUGGAAAGAAAUGCUGUGUACUUUAAGCUCCAAUCUAAAGUCGGCAUCACCGUCAUGUGGAACGGAGAUGAUGCAGUCAUGGUGGAACUGGAUACCGAUUAUGCAAAUCGUACUUGUGGACUUUGUGGAGACUUCAAUGGUGUUUCUGUCCAGAAUGAGUUCAUUCAUAAGGGUCGCAAAAUCAGCUCAAUUGAAUUUGGCAACCAACACAAAGUCCAUCGUCCAAACGAUGAUUGUGAGGACCCCUACGAAGAGGAGGAAGAAUCACCAGAGGCUGCGCUGGACUCAUGCAAGGAGUUUAAAACCACCUGUAGCAAGAUGCUGCGUUCAGAGCCCUGGAACUCCUGCACCGGGCUGAUUGACCCUGAACCUUACAUCCAGGCCUGUGUGCAGGACAUGUGUGGCUGCAGCAACCGUACAAAUGACUUCUGUAUCUGCAGCACGCUGUCUGAGUUCUCUCGGCAGUGUUCCCAUGCAGGAGGGCAGCCUCCCAACUGGAGGACACCUCAGUUCUGUGCUAAACAGUGCCCAUUCAACAUGGUUUAUGAGGAGAGCGGUUUCCCUUGCAUGAAUACAUGCUCACUUCUGGACACAAGCUCACUGUGUGAGGACCACAAAAUGGAUGGCUGCUUUUGUCCCACUGGAACUGUGUUUGAUGAUAUUUCCAUGAGAGGGUGCAUUGCUCAAUCUGAAUGUCAGUGCAAGCACAAGAAAAUCUACAACGCCGGAGAGGUUUACCGACAGGACAGAGAGGAAUGUACAUGUGUCAAGGGUAGAUGGGAUUGUAAGAACCUUCAACCCCCUGCUACAUGUGCAGUUGAAGAGGGUUCACAUGUCACUACCUUUGACGGGAAAACCUACAACUUCCAUGGAGACUGUUACUACACCCUGGCCAAAGUGGAAAGCAAGGAUAGUGCAAGUCCGAAGUUUACCAUCCUGGCUCAGCUGGUGCCAUGUGCAAAUCAAGAGUUUGACACUUGUCUGAAGAGCAUUAAAAUCCUGCUGAACAAUGACAGAAACAAUGUGUUAAUGUUCACGUCUGACGGCACAGUGAAGCAGAACAUGCAGACCAUUGGUUUGCCAUACCACUCAGGUGACAUCAACAUAUUCCACGCUUCAUCCUUUCACAUCAUGCUCCAGACUCGUUUCGGUCUGCAAAUUCAGAUCCAGCAUGUUCCCAUCAUGCAAGUCUACAUCAGCCUGGAACACAGCUACAAAGCAAAGACACGUGGCUUAUGUGGGAACUACAACAUGGUCCUGUGUGAUGAAUUGAAAACUCCUCAGGGGAUCGUGGAGGGAACAGCAGCAACUUUUAUUAACUCCUGGAAGGCUAACCUCAUGUGCCAAGACAGACCGGAACGACUUGAGGACCCCUGUUCUCUCAGUGUGGAAAAUGAGUGGUACGCCAGACACUGGUGCGCCUUGCUGCUGAGUCGAGAUGGCAACUUUGCGCAGUGCCAUUCAGCGGUGAAUCCUGAGCGGUACCACAAGCGAUGUCUGUAUGCUAGCUGUAACUGUGAGAAGAGUGAGGAUUGCCUGUGUGCCAUCUUCUCCUCCUACGCUCGGGCUUGUGCAUCAAAGGGAGUGUUCCUGACAGACUGGAGAGGGAAUGUGUGCGAUAAAUACUCAAGGAGCUGCCCAGCAUCUCAGAUCUUCUCUUACCAGCAUCAGAGAUGCCAGCUGACUUGCAGAUCACUGGGCACAAUGCAGCAAAGUUGCACCUCUGACUUCUUGCCUGUGGAUGGCUGCUCCUGCGCUGAGGGUCUCUACCUGAACGAAAAGGGUGACUGCGUCCCCAAGGCAAAAUGUCCCUGCUACCAUAAUGAGGCCUACAUCAAGUCUGGAAAGUCCAUCAACAUUAAAGACGAGCACUGUGUGUGUACUAAUGGAAUACUUCACUGCCAUUCUUGGGGAACCCGCUCAUCAAUGUGCACUUCUCCAAAAGUGUUCUUCAACUGCUCUGCUGUGGCAGAAGGAGAGCUUGGACUACAGUGUGCUCGAACUUGUUUAAAUCUGAACAGCGAUGACUGUGACUCCACAGAGUGUGAAUCUGGCUGUCGUUGUCCAAAUGGCCUCCUUGAUGAUGGCAAAGGUUCCUGCGUGAAAGAAAAUCAAUGUCCAUGUCAGCACAAUGGGCAUAUUUAUGCCUCUGGAUCACAAAUCUCUAAACAGUGCAACAAGUGCACCUGCAACAGUGGAAGCUGGGGGUGCACUAGAAAAGACUGUCCAGGAACCUGCACUAUGUAUGGGAGUGGUCACUACAGAACAUUUGAUGAGCAGACAUAUGGGUUUCAUGGAGAGUGUGCCUAUGUUGCUGUUAAGAACAAUUGUGGCGAUAAAACAGUACAGCAGCACUUUGGAGUUAUCACAGAAAAUGUACCAUGUGGAACUACAGGCACCACAUGCUCCAAAACUGUCCGAAUCCAACUAGGGCAAAUGGAAAUCAAACUUUCAAAGGGCACAUAUGAAGAACUGGGACCUAGCACUGGGAUUCAGUACCGAAUAAGGAAGGUUGGCAUGUAUUGGGUGAUAGAAUCUGGCAUUGGUCUGGCAGUGACGUGGGAUGGCAAAACUACUGUUCGCAUCAUCCUGGAACCAGAGCACAAAGGACAGGUGUGUGGCCUGUGUGGCAAUUUUGACGGUGACGGACAGAACGACUUCACCACCCAGGGUCAGCUGGUUGUGAGCAAUCCUUUAGAAUUUGCAAACAGCUGGAAAGUGUCGCGUGACUGCCCAGAUGUGGAUAUGAAUGCUGACCCCUGUGGAGCAAGACCCAAUCGCCAUUACUGGGCAAAAACGAUGUGCAACAUUAUAAUGGGAGAAACGUUCCACCAGUGCCACUCUAAGGUAGACCCCCGUCCAUUUCAUGACAACUGUGUGACAGACUCAUGUGCCUGUGACUCUGGAGGAGACUGCGAGUGUUUCUGUUCUGCAGUCGCAGCUUAUGCUCAAGCUUGUAAUGAGGCUUCUGUCUGCGUUGCAUGGAGAACUCCAGAAAUCUGUCCUGUCUUCUGUGAUUACUACAACGGCCCAGGUGAAUGCAAGUGGCACUACCAUCCUUGCCACAAACCUUGCUACAAGACCUGUUUAAAUCCAAACGGCACUUGUACUGAACCUUUACCCAAACUGGAAGGCUGUUACCCUGUAUGCCCAGACGAUAAGCCCAUAUUCGAUGAGGAGACUGGGUUGUGUGUGGAGGUAUGUCCAGGCUGCUUUUACAACGGCACUAGAUACAAAGAAGGUGACAUAAUUUACAAUGUGAACGACAACAUGGGAAAGUGCUACUAUGCAAUAUGCAAGAAUUCAACAGUGAAAUAUGGAGAUUACAUUUGCACAACACCAAUACCAACAACUACAACGACUACUACAACUGAAACACCAACUACAACUACUACAACCGAAACACCAACCACAACAACUACACCCUCUACUACAACUGAAACACCUACAACAACAACUACACCCACUACUACAACUGAAACACCAACCACAACAACCACACCUACUACUACAACUGAAACACCAACUACAACGUGUGUUCCAGUCAGGUGUGAGUGGUCAGAGUGGUAUAACGUGCAUGACCCACGAGAGGACGGCAAUGACUGGGAAACAUUUGAGAACAUCAGGAAUCAUGGUUUUAACAUAUGCCAAGACCCCUGGCACACUGAGUGUAGAGCUGCAGAUUAUCCUGAUAAACCCCUCCCUGACUUUGUGGAUGAAACCGGACAAGUUGUACAGUGUAACAACACAUUUGGUUUGACAUGUAAAAAAGAGGACCAGUUACGACCUCCACGAAAGUGUUUCGACUAUGAGAUCAGAGUAUGUUGUGAAGUACCGUGUGGAACCACAACAACCCCAUCAACUACAACUCCCACUACUACAACUGAAACACCAACUACAACACCUACACCCACUACUACAACUGAAACACCAACCACAACAACUACACCCACUACUACAACUGAAACACCAACCACAACAACUACACCCACUACUACAACUGAAACACCAACCACAACAACGACACCCACCACUACAACUGAAACACCAACCACAACAUCUUCACCCACUACUACAACUGAAACACCAACCACAACAACGACACCCACCACUACAACUGAAACACCAACCACAACAACUACACCCACUACUACAACUGAAACACCAACUACAACAACUACACCCACUACCACAACUGAAACACCAACUACAACUACUACUACAACCAAAACACCAACCACAACAACUACACCCACUACUACAACUGAAACACCAACUACAACAACUACACCCACUACCACAACUGAGACACCAACUACCACGACACCUACAACUGAAACACCAACCACAACAACUUCACCCACUACUGCACCAACCACAACAACUACACCCACCACUACAACAGAGACACCUACUACAACUGAAACACCAACCACAACAACUACACCCACUACUACAACCAAAACACCAACUACAACACCUACACCCACUACUACAACUGAAACACCAACCACAACAACUACACCCACCACUACAACAGAGACACCAACUACAACGACUACUACAACUGAAACACCAACUACAACUACUACAACCGAAACACCAACCACAACAACUACACCCACGACUACAACUGAAACACCAACCACAACAACUACACCCACUACUACAACUGAAACACCAACCACAACAACUACACCUACUACUACAACUGAAACACCAACUACAACGUGUGUUCCAGUCAGGUGUGAGUGGUCAGAGUGGUAUAACGUGCAUGACCCACGAGAGGACGGCAAUGACUGGGAAACAUUUGAGAACAUCAGGAAUCAUGGUUUUAACAUAUGCCAAGACCCCUGGCACACUGAGUGUAGAGCUGCAGAUUAUCCUGAUAAACCCCUCCCUGACUUUGUGGAUGAAACCGGACAAGUUGUACAGUGUAACAACACAUUUGGUUUGACAUGUAAAAAAGAGGACCAGUUACGACCUCCACGAAAGUGUUUCGACUAUGAGAUCAGAGUAUGUUGUGAAGUACCGUGUGGAACCACAACAACCCCAUCAACUACAACUCUCACUACUACAACCCCAUCAACUACAACUCCCACUACUACAACUGAAACACCAACCACAACAACUACACCCACUACUACAACUGAAACACCAACCACAACAACUACACCCACUACUACAACUGAAACACCAACCACAACAACUACACCCACUACUACAACUGAAACACCAACUACAACUACUAUUACAACCGAAACACCAACCACAACAACUACACCCACGACUACAACUGAAACACCAACCACAACAACUACUCCCACUACUACAACUGAAACACCAACUACAACUACUACUACAACCAAAACACCAACCACAACAACUACACCCACUACUACAACUGAAACACCAACUACAACAACUACACCCACUACCACAACUGAGACACCAACUACAACGACUACUACAACUGAAACACCAACCACAACAACUUCACCCACUACUACAACUGAAACACCAACCACAACAACUACACCCACCACUACAACAGAGACACCAACUACAACGACUACUACAACUGAAACACCAACCACAACAACUACACCCACUACUACAACCGAAACACCAACUACAACACCUACACCCACUACUACAACUGAAACACCAACCACAACAACUACACCCACCACUACAACAGAGACACCUACUACAACGACUACUACAACUGAAACACCAACCACAACAACUACACCCACUACUACAACCGAAACACCAACUACAACACCUACACCCACUACUACAACUGAAACACCAACCACAACAACUACACCCACCACUACAACAGAGACACCAACUACAACGACUACUACAACUGAAACACCAACUACAACUACUACUACAACUGAAACACCAGCUACAACAACUACACCCACCACUACAACUGAAACACCAACCACAACAACUACACCCACCACUACAACUGAGACACCAACUACAACGACUACUACAACUGAAACACCAACCACAACAACUACACCCACCACUACAACAGAGACACCAACUACAACGACUACUACAACUGAAACACCAACUACAACAACUACACCCACUACCACAACUGAAACGCCAACCACAACUACAACUGAGACACCAACUACAACUACACCCCCUACAACAACUGAAACACCAGCCACAACAACUACACCCACUACUACAACUGAGACACCAACUACAACGACUACUACAACCGAAACACCAACCACAACAACUUCACCCACUACUACAACUGAAACACCAACCACAACAACUACACCCACCACUACAACAGAGACACCAACUACAACGACUACUACAACUGAAACACCAACUACAACUACUACUACAACUGAAAUACCAGCUACAACAACUACACCCACCACUACAACUGAAACACCAACCACAACAACUACACCCACCACUACAACUGAGACACCAACUACAAUGACUACUACAACUGAAACACCAACUACAACUACUACAACCGAAACACCAACCACAACAACUACACCCACUACUACAACUGAAACACCAACCACAACAACUACACCCACUACCACAACUGAGACACCAACCACCACUGCUACAACUGAGACACCAACUACAACGACUACUACAACUGAAACACCAACUACAACACCUACACCCACUACUACAACUGAAACACCAACCACAACAACUACACCCACCACUACAACUGAGACACCAACCCUAACGACUACUACAACUGAAACACCAACUACAACUACUACUACAACCGAAACACCAACUACAACAACUUCACCCACUACUACAACUGAAACACCAACCACAACAACUGCACCCACCACUACAACAGAGACACCAACCACAACAACUACACCCACCACUACAACUGAGACACCAACUACAAUGACUACUACAACUGAAACACCAACUACAACAACUACUACAACCGAAACACCAACCACAACAACUACACCCACUACUACAACUGAAACACCAACCACAACAACUACACCCACUACUACAACUGAGACACCAACUACAACGACUACUACAACUGAAACACCAGCUACAACAACUACACCCACCACUACAACUGAAACACCAACCACAACAACUACACCCACCACUACAACUGAGACAACAACUACAAUGACUACUACAACUGAAACACCAACUACAACAACUACUACAACCGAAACACCAACCACAACAACUACACCCACUACUACAACUGAAACACCAACCACAACAACUACACCCACUACCACAACUGAGACACCAACCACCACUGCUACAACUGAGACGCCAACCACAACAACUGCACCCACUACUACAACUGAGAAACCAACUACAACUACACCCACUACCACAACUGAGACACCAACCACCACUGCUACAACUGAGACGCCAACCACAACAACUGCACCCACUACUACAACUGAAACACCAACUACAACUACAACUGAGCCACCAACUACAACAACACCCACUACUACAACUGAAACACCAACCACAACAACUACUACAACUGAAACACCAACCACAACUACUACACCCACUACUACAACUGAGACACCAACUACAACAACACCCACUACUACAACUGAAACACCAACCACAACAACUACACCCACUACUACUACAACUGAAAGGCCAACCACAACAACUACACCUACCACUACAACUGAAACCCCAACAACUACAGAAUGCUUGUGUAUAUUUAACGGCGAGCAUUAUAAGCCAGGGGAUGUAAUUUUCAACAUGAAACACAUUGGAUCAGGUAUAUGUCUCACAAUGACAUGUUCUGAUAUUUGUGAGCUUCACAACAAGACUGCACCUUGCCCACCCACACCCCCACCCCCACCCCCACCCACACCCACACCCACCUGCCCCCCAUGGGCUGUUGCACAAAAUGAGACCUUCUUGUUGUGCAACUGCACUAUGGCCAGGUGCAUUGAGAACAAUAUAGUUGAAAUAAUUCCAUAUGAAUGUCCACCUCUUCAAAACAUCACUUGUACCAACGGAAAUGAGCCAGUUCUUGUGUAUGACAAGUGGGGCUGCUGCCAACAUUACGCUUGUGAUUGUGUGUGUGAAGGCUGGGGAGAUCCUCAUUACAUCACAUUUGAUGGGCGCUACUACAGUUAUCAAGGAAACUGUACUUAUGUCUUGAUGGAAGAGACUUCACCAAGAUUUAACCUGGUCAUUUAUAUUGACAAUGUCUAUUGUGAUCCCACCGAAGAUGUGUCGUGUCCACGAUCAAUAAUUAUAUCAUACGAAUCUGAAGUAAUCACACUUAUAAAUCAUAACCUUCUUGGAGCAGUGGAGUUGGAGGCACUGAAAAAUGGAGAACGUCUGCAACUACCUUACUAUUCAAAUCACGGUGUUAAGAUCUUGGACACUGGCAUGAACUUGGUUUAUGAGAUUCUUCGCCUAAAAGUGGUCAUCACAUUUGGAAUAACUGGCUUCAGGGUCUACCUUCCAUAUCAGCACUUUGGUGGUAACACACAGGGCCAUUGUGGAACCUGCACUAAUGACCAGAGGGAUGACUGCAAGUUGCCUGGAGGCCAGCUGGUAGACAAUUGUGCUGUGAUGGCCGACUACUGGCCUGCAAAUCACAUUGACCAACCCAACUGCCACGCACCAUCCGUAGUGCCCACCAGUGUACCUGAACCUCCACCAAUCAUAACUCCAUGCAAGCCAGACUCCUUAUGUCCCCUGCUUAGGAGCAGUCUCUUUGCAGCGUGCCAUCCUUAUGUCUCUCCUGAGAAUUUCUACCUAGGCUGUGUUUUUGAUAGCUGCCAUAUGUCCAACCCAGCAGUGGAGUGCACAAGUUUGCAGACGUAUGCUGCUGCCUGUGCUCAGGCUGGUGUUUGUCUGCACUGGAGGAACCACACCAAGCUGUGUGCAAGUGACUGCCCAUCAAACAAAGUUUACAAGCCAUGUGGUCCUGCAGAACAGCCAACCUGUGAAGACAAUCCUAAUGAACCAACCAUGAACUACACUACUGAGGGCUGCUUCUGUCCGGAUGGAAUGAAGCUCUUCAACAAAGAGUCUGGCAUAUGUGUUGAUAAGUGUGGAUGUCUUGAUCCUGAGGGCAUUCCUCGUGAGUUUGAUGAGGAGUUUAUGUACAAAUGCCAAGACUGCAUCUGUAAGGAGUCCACCAAGACUGUCACAUGCAAGCCAAAGACGUGCCCAGCACCACCUAUAAUAAGCUGCACUGAACCUGGGUUUGUUCUUGUCAACCAAACUAAUCCAUCAGACCCCUGCUGUUCUGCCUUUGUUUGCCAAUGUCACAGAGACACUUGCCCACCCAUUGAAAAGAAGUGUGAAGUAGGAUAUGAGAUGGAGGACAAUGUUCCUGAAGGAAAAUGCUGUCCAGAACACACAUGUGUGCCCAAAAGAGUGUGUGUCCACAAAGACAUUGAAUACAGGCCUGGCUCUCCAGUUCCUGCGCCUCCAUGUCAGGAUUGUAUCUGUACCAAUGAGGUGGACCCCAAUACUGGUCUAUUUAAAAAACGUUGUGAGUUUCAGACAUGCAAGAAAAACUGUGACCUGGGAUAUGAGUAUCAGGAAACUGAUUUCGAUGAAUGCUGUGGGAAAUGUGUACAAACACACUGUGUUGCUAGUGUCAAUGGUACUGAUAAGCUCUUGAAGCCGGGAGAUACCUGGUCACCACCUGAGAAUAAGUGUCUGCACUACACCUGCAUUAAGGUCGGAAACACUUUAACAGCAUUCAAUUCGCACAUCGUCUGCCCGCCAUUCCAUCAGAGCAACUGCCAGCCUGGCACCAUUCAGACAUCAGCUAAUGGCUGUUGUAAAAUCUGUGUGGAGAAGGAGAAGGGCUGCAAGCGAGUAUCCAUGAAAUUACACAUUAAGCAGGGGAGCUGUCAGUCUUACAAUGAGGUGGAUCUACCAUAUUGUGAAGGAACCUGCAACACUUUCACCAUGUACUCUGAAGCAGCGGCCGCUAUGCAGCAUUCUUGCUCCUGCUGUAGGGAGACACGCUCCAGCAAUCGCACUGUCGACUUGCACUGCCUGAAUGGAGAUGUGGUUCCCUACACGUACAUCCACGUGGAGGACUGUGGUUGCAGCCACUCAGACUGCACUAGACCUGCUGCAAGACCUGCUCGCAGGAGGCGAAGUUCCACACUGGUGUAAUAAAAACAUCUGUCAUCACUUUAAUGGAUGAAGGAUGUAAAAGUUUCUUCCUAUAUUGUCUUAACAAUUAUUACAUCUCUUACAAAGCUUUGUAUAGAGAAUAUUAACCUAUUAAAUCAAUCAAAUAAAA